AUGAGUUGGCUAAAACUUCAUCCCCUGUCUUCUCUGAAUACUGCUUCGCAGGCCGGGUCGGAUAGUGACGACAAAACCAAUGAAUCCGGAAACUGCUCAGACGCCGAGUCCACAUACAGCAACGAAUGCGCGUCUAACCAUGGAUAUGGCACGGAUGAUACUCUUGCUGUUACUCAGGUGUUGGAACAGCAUGGUAUUCCUUGCUGUCUGGUUGGUAUAGCUGCCCUCGUUUUCUACGGCGCUGGCAGAGUUCGUGAUGACUGGGAAAUUUGCGUUCCAACAGAGCUCGUGGGCCAGGCAGCAGAGCUACUACAAUCAGAACCAUAUGCAACACACUAUCGCCUAGUCAAACCGUGGCCCUAUUACAGUCCCUGCUCUCUAAUCCACACAUACCACCGGUUCAAAAGCAGAGGGAUUAAUCAUUACUUCUUCCUUGUUCCUUCGAUCGACAUGCAUAUUGACUGUGACCCUUCCAACUUCACACGCAGUCCCAGAGGGUUGCCGUAUCCCAAGCUGGAUGUCUUUAUUCAAAGCUGUUUAGACACCUGUGACAUGCUUCAGCUUUGCGAUGUUAUAGAUGGUACCAAUGUUUCAGAGGAAUGGGGCGAGAAUAACCUUGACCUUGAGGGUACUAACGAUGUAGAAUGGGCCGAAGAAAAGAAUAAGAGGGGAGAGGAGUUUGGCGGAAAGUGGGCCCAUGCUGUGUUUGCCUGGGAAGGACGGAAAAACAAACGGGAGAUGUGGCAGUCGUUGGUGUGCACCAAGGAGGACAGGUUGGACUGGACAAAACCAAAGGAUGUCUUUAUAACUCAAUAUCGUGUUAUAGGCGCGCCUGAUCCCUGGACAGAGCUAUCUGACAUGUCUUAA